UGCCGGCAGCUGCUGCCGUCGGCGCGGGCCCUGGGCGCCCACCUGCGCUGCCACCGCCUGGGCGCCUUCGGGUGCCCCCUGUGCAGCCGCGUCCUGCCCUCGCCGGCGGCGCUGCGGGAGCACCAGCGCCAGCGCCACGCCCGCGACUGCCGCUUCCUCUGCCUGCUCUGCGGGGCCGCCCUGGACACCGAGGCGGCGCUGGCGGCCCACGGGCGCGGGGCCCACGGCGGGCAGGGGGGGGCCCUGCACCGCUGCGCCUGCGGCAAGGCCUUCGCCAGCAUGACCAAGUUCCUCUACCACCGCCGCUCCCACGGCGCCGGCGGCGGCGUCGGCGUUGCAACACCGGCCCCGGAGGCCGUGGAGGUGACCCCCGAGGCGCCGUCGGAGCCGCUGCCCUGCGGGCUCUGCCCCAAGUCCUUCCCGGGCGCGGCGGCGCUGGCGCGGCACCGGCGCUUCGUGCACCGCGCCGAGCGCCGGCACCGCUGCCCCGAGUGCGGCAAGAGCUUCAAGAAGUCGUCCCACCUGCGCACCCACGUGCGCAGCCACACCGGCGAGCGGCCCUUCCCCUGCCGCGAGUGCGGCCGCGGCUUCCACAGCCGGGCCAACCUGCUGCGGCACCGCCUGGUGCACUCGGGCGAGCGGCCCUUCGAGUGCGAGCUGUGCCACAAGCGCUUCGCCCAGAGCUCCACCCUGCGCCAGCACCUGGGCACCCACCUGCGCCGGCUGCCCCACCGCUGCCCCGAGUGCGGGCUGCGCUUCCCGCGCCCGCACCGGCUGCUGCUGCACCGCGCCCUGCACACCGGCGAGUACCCCUACAAGUGCCCGCAGUGCGCCCGCUCCUUCCUGCUGCGCCGCCUGCUCGACGUCCACCUCCUGGCGCACGCCGGCGGGCAGCCCCUGCUGUGCCCGGGCUGCGGGGGGGCCUUCGCCUCGCCCGCCCGGCUGCGGGAGCACCGCUGCGGCGCCCGGGGGGCCCGGCGCUUCGAGUGCGGGGUGUGCGGCAGGAAGGCGGGCACGGCGGCGCGGCUGCGGGCGCACGAGAGGUCCCACCUGCCCCCGGGCGCCCGCGACGCCCCGGAGCCGCCCGGGACGGCGGCAGCGGAGCCGGCGGAGGCGACGCCGGGCCCGGCCCGGCCCCGGCCCCGGGGCACCAAGAGCCUGGAGUGCGGCGAGUGCCGGAAGCUGUUCAGCACCGAGACGUCGCUGGCCGUGCACCGGCGCAUCCACACCGGCGAGCGGCCCUACCCCUGCCCCGACUGCGGCAAGGCCUUCCGCCAGUCCACCCACCUCAAGGACCACCGGCGCCUGCACACCGGCGAGCGGCCCUUCCGCUGCCCCGACUGCGGCAAGGCCUUCGCCAUCGCCGUGCGCCUCGCCGAGCACCGGCGCAUCCACACCGGCGAGCGGCCCUACGGCUGCCAGAGCUGCGGGAAGAGCUACCGCAGCUUCUCCAACCUCUGGAAGCACCGCAAGGUGCACCGGGACAGGGGCGACGGCGCCGGGACGGCGGCG